AUGAAGUGCAUUUUGAUCAUAGCUUUGGUCGUAGCGUCGAUCGUCGCUCAACCUGAUACAGACUAUGAAGAAGACUAUCCGAUUUGCGGUUCCGAUGGAAAUACAUACGGUAAUCAAUAUGAAUUCUACUAUGCAUAUCAAGAAGACUCCAGCUUAACUAUACAAUUCUACGGAACGUGCGAGUACUCCGUAUGGGACGAUUACAUCUGCAGAGACUCUCCAACGCAUUGGAAAUGUGGCUCGGAUGGAACCAACUACGAGAACGAUUGCCUCUUCGACUUUGCCUUGAAAAGGAAUCCGAAAUUGAUGAAGAGAUUCAGUGGAUCGUGCAGAUCGCCGAACGAUACGAGUGUUGCGUGCGGCACCGAUACUAAAAUCUACUCUGGUUCACUUUUUCUUGCCGAACAAUCCGUCCGACCUCAGCUUGGAGAAUGGCCGUUGGUUUACUGUACGAGUUUGGAACCGCCGGGCCCUGGAUCCUAUAGCCCAUUCACUCCUCCUCCUAUCAUUCCUCUUCGCGAGAUCAAAACUGUCUGCGGAAACGAUUUAUUGAUCUACUUUGAAGAGACUUUCAUUGCACAGCAAAAGAUCAGGCCAGAACUGAAAGAAUUACCGUUGAGGAAUUGCUACUACAAACCUUACUUCUAA